GUUGGAAAGAGCGAACCAAGCGAGGGAGAGCAGAUAAAUUUUCGCACACCAGAAAAGUGCAAUUUACCAAUAUCACUGCGGCCAAAAAUACAAGUGCAAGUGCUCGGCAAGUGCAACGGUAAACUAUCACGAUCGGUGCAACAACAACAGCGAGUCGCGAAAAAGAAGCGCAAAGCGAAUGGAACCAAUAAGAAUAGCCAAACGCAAAAGAGAGCCUCCUGCACACUCACACACACACAUCAGGCUGAAGCAGAGACACACACACAAACGCAUACAGUGCGGUGUGUAUACGACUGGAAAACUAGGCGGUGUUGAAACCGUAAAACUGUGCAUAAGCAAAUAAGACAUUUAGAAAAAGUCCAGGAAAAUUGGAAAACAAAAGCCCGAAAAGCCCUGUGUAUAUCCGAAUCCGAAUCCAAAUCAAUAUCCAAACCCAACCACAAUGGGCUGCACCACAUCCGCCGAAGAACGCGCCGCCAUCCAGCGAUCCAAACAGAUCGAGAAGAAUCUGAAGGAGGAUGGAAUCCAGGCGGCCAAGGACAUCAAGCUCCUGCUGCUCGGUGCCGGUGAGUCGGGCAAGAGCACAAUAGUCAAACAGAUGAAAAUCAUUCACGAGAGCGGCUUCACUGCGGAGGACUUUAAACAAUAUCGACCGGUUGUCUACAGCAACACAAUACAAUCAUUAGUUGCAAUAUUGCGCGCGAUGCCAACCCUAAGUAUUCAGUACAGCAAUAACGAGCGGGAGAGCGAUGCCAAGAUGGUGUUCGACGUGUGCCAACGCAUGCACGACACCGAGCCCUUCUCGGAGGAGCUGCUGGCCGCCAUGAAACGCCUCUGGCAGGACGCCGGUGUCCAGGAGUGCUUCUCGCGCAGCAACGAAUACCAACUAAACGAUUCCGCAAAAUAUUUCCUGGACGAUUUGGAUCGGUUAGGCGCCAAGGACUACCAGCCAACUGAACAGGACAUCUUGCGUACUCGCGUCAAGACCACUGGCAUCGUUGAGGUACACUUCUCCUUCAAAAACCUCAACUUUAAAUUGUUUGACGUGGGCGGACAGCGCUCGGAGCGUAAGAAAUGGAUACACUGCUUCGAAGAUGUCACGGCGAUCAUUUUCUGCGUGGCCAUGUCCGAGUACGAUCAGGUCUUGCAUGAGGAUGAAACCACGAACCGCAUGCAAGAGUCGCUGAAACUGUUUGACUCGAUCUGUAACAACAAAUGGUUCACGGACACCUCGAUUAUUCUGUUCCUGAACAAGAAGGAUUUGUUCGAGGAGAAGAUUCGCAAGAGUCCCCUGACGAUUUGCUUCCCCGAAUACACAGGUGGACAGGAGUACGGCGAGGCGGCUGCUUACAUUCAGGCUCAAUUUGAAGCGAAAAACAAAUCAACCUCAAAAGAAAUCUACUGCCACAUGACGUGUGCCACAGAUACCAAUAACAUUCAGUUUGUAUUCGAUGCUGUCACUGAUGUCAUCAUAGCAAACAACCUGCGCGGCUGUGGACUGUACUAAAAUGGAUUCCAGGCCGGAUCCUGACGAUGUCGACGUUGAGUCGAUGUUGAUGAUGAUGACGAUUAUGUGGAGCAGAAUGGGGGCGUUAGCAGGGAACACCGUAACGGUAUUAAAGAGCAGCGCGGGAGCACAACAACCCACCAGCAUUGAUCAAAAACCAAACAAUUUAGGAGCAGAUGAUAGAACCAACCAACCGCAACCACACAGAAAACAUAGGACACUAAACAAGCAAAGCCCAAAGAACUUUUAUUUGUUUAACAAAAAACGGCGAACGGACGCAAAUCCCGAAUGGAUGUUAUAGGGGAAAUGAGCGACAAGUACAUUACAUAAUAUCGAUAAUAUUGAUGCAGAUGCAGAUGCAAAAACACAUAAUGCUAAUGAUGAUCAGGGCGACAAUGAUAAUGAGGCAACAGACAACUGACACUGGGACACGCGAUUAAAGUCACAUCUGAAAAAAGGCAGUUGAUUGAAAGGCAUUUCCUAUAUACAAACAUAUACAAACACAUACAUAUGCAUUAUGCAAAGCCACAUGUACGACAUGACACUAACACACUCACACGACAUACACAAGCGCCAGCAUUGCAUACAGUUGUUGUUUGGUCUGAAUAAUUUUUAUAGAAUUUCAUAAUUUAUGUGUAGUUUAGUUUCCUCAUGUAUUUAUUAAAACAAAAACCAAACGAGCGUAUAUCUACAUAUACCGCAUAUAUAUAUACAUACACUUCUAUACAUAUAUAUAUAUACAUAUAUAUAAAUAUUAUAUAUUAAAUGUUUCCUGUUGCAAUCUCUCUUUAAAAUUAUUCAUGCCAUCAACGCUCUGCAUUUGUCAUGCUUGUUUAGACUUAAGUUCGAAAGUUUCAACAAAAUCCAGCGGCAAAGGAAAUAUCAAUAUUCAUUUGAUUGAGUGUCAGCGUGUGGGCUAAAGUAAAUAUAAAAUAACAAACCAAAAGAAAAGAAAAGAAACGAGGAAAAGAAAACAUAAAAUAUGGAAAGCAAAAUCUUUAACGUUAAGUAAAAUUUAAAGAUAAAUGAAACGGAUAUAAAAUCUAUCUAUUGUAUUUACAAGAACAAAAACGAAGCAAAACUAAACUAAAAUCCAGAUAAGAGUCAAGCAAAGCGUAUGUGGCCACUUAACUAACUUAUGUAAAGAGCAGCAGUAGCAGCAGCCAUCGAUAAUUGAUUGAUAUAUUUCAAUGUAAAUUGUACUUUGUUGAGUUUACGUGUAUAGGAGAAGUUUAGCUGGCAAACACACAAACAUCAAGCAAACACGAACACGAACGCAUACAGAACACAAACUAUAUAUAAUUUCCUUCACUUAUUGAGCUGAUUUGUUGUAACUUACAGUAAUUUAUGGCAUUUAUUCGAGGAGCAAUGCAAAUCAGCGAAGAUCAAACACGCAAUUCAACUUUGGCGGCGCACAAAAGCAUGCUAUAUAUUUUUGCCAUAUCUACGCACACCCACACACAAAAUAUGAAUCAAAACGAAUGAAACGCAGAACUCAAAUCUCCCACAAUGAAACUAAGGAUUGUAUGUAAUAAUAAAAUAAUUUAUAAAUUCUACAUUUAAUGAUAAAGCAUCUUCAUACAUGUACCUAUGUAUGUGACUGUAUCUAGCGAAUGGCAUUUAACCCCGAGUAUGUUGAAUUGUUUGAUUAGACUUAUUAUUAUAAUUAUUAUGUAUAUGCUUUGUAUGUAUGUAUUUUGUGCAUUUUGAGUUUACAUAACUAUUUAGCUGCAAUGAAUUUAUAUUGUUAUUUUAA